UACAGAGCAACUGAUGUCUUCUUCAACCUAAUUUCAGUUUUCUGGCGGAAAAACUUUCAUACAACUAGCAAGUUUGCUUGGGAAACGUGAAUAUUAGAUUGAAAUCUCUCGUUUCCCAUUCGUUUCCGGGAUGAAUUCAGUUUCAAAUACGUCUCUAUUCUUCUGAAACGGUUUUGGCGCGUUUAGAAACGCGUUUCCCGGUUUCCCCGUUCCAGGACGUUUCGGAAAACGGCACGUCGUGAUUUUUUGGCGUUUCCGUGCACCGUAGCUAAAAACCCAGUUGAAAAUCUGCUUCAGAUGGCUCUUUCUGGGGGUGCAAAACGUUCAAUUGGGAUUAUUUGUAGCAAAGUGCGUUCGGGACAUCAUCGAGUGUUGACCAUGUCUGUCAAAGGAAGCUGUUCUCAGUCAAUCAUUGAUGAUGUUCAGUCUGGUAGUGGUUUUCCUGGGGUGUUUUUGAGGAGAUAUUCUGCUGCAUCAUCAUCUGAUCAGAUGGGUCUUAUUAAGAAGCUCAGAGAAAGAACAAGUGCUCCUAUCAAGGAUGUUAAAUCAGCUCUAGUUGACUGCAAUUGGGACAUUGAGGCUGCACAGAAGGAGCUGAGGAGAAGAGGGGUUUACCAGGCAUCAAAGAAGUCAUCCCGAAAGGCUACUGAAGGUUUGCUUGCAUUGGCUCAGAAUGACACGAAAACUGCCAUUAUUGAGCUGAAUUGUGAGACUGAUUUUGUUGCAAGGAAUGACAUAUUUCAAUACAUGGCUUUAUCCCUAGCAAAGUUGGCGUUGUCAGCUGAGGGUUCUUCUCAGCAAGUAGCUGGAGCCUUUCCAAUGACACCUGAGUAUUUAGAGAGCUUGAAGCUGAAUUUGGCCCAUCCGAAGAUAAGUGGAGAGAUGAGUGCGCAAGAGGCAGUCACUGAACUGGCAGCUAUGAUGGGAGAGAACGUUAAACUAAGGAGGAGUUUUGCAAUGUCAAAAACUUCGCCUGGUAUCAUUUCUACAUACCUUCAUUCAAGUCCCCAAUCAGGCUUGGGUCGUUUAGGUGGAGUUCUAUCUUUACAAGUGGAGGAUCCAAAUGCUGACAUGGCUGCCAUACAGCGUGUCGGAUCAGAAUUGGCUAUGCAUGUGGUAGCAAACAAACCAUUAUUUCUCUCAAAGGAUCUUGUUUCUUCAGAUGCUUUAGAUAAUGAACGGGAAAUUCUCAGAUCUCAGGCAGAAGCAUCUGGGAAGCCUAAGAUAGCCAUAGAGAAGAUGGUAGAAGGACGUUUAAGGAAAUACUUCGAAGAAGUGGUUCUGAUGGAGCAAAAGUAUGUUAUGAAUGAUACAGUAAAUGUGAAGACAGUAUUGGACAAUCUGAGCAAGGAAGUUGGGUCCCCUGUAAGGAUUGAGAGCUUUUUGAGGUUGGAAGUGGGAGAAGGAAUUGAGAGUUCAGAGACAAGUGAAUCAGAAUCAGUGGCUUAGGCAGCUUAGGACUUGCUUAUGAGGAACACCAGUUUCAUUUUCUUUCUACAAAAAGUUGGAGUUGAGCUGGACAGCGGAAGAUGUAGUGUUUUUGCUUAUUUCCCGAUGAACAAAAACAUCCCUUGUAGAAUAAAAGACUGCCUGACAUACAUAGCCAGGCUACAAGGGAGACAAUUGAUCUCAGCUUUUGUUUUACUAAGGUUGAUAUACCUAGUUUAAUAAUAUUAAUUAGCAUAAUACUUAACAUAAUAAUCCCUCUGUUUUACAAUAAUCGCGACACUUUAUUUUAUGUCAGUUUUCCUUUUA